AUGCUACGGACGAAAACUAGUGCUUUGAGGGCUGCAUGGAAGGCUGGUUCGAAGCGAUUUUCUAGUUCUUAUAAGGAGGACUUUAGACUCACGAAACUGGACAAUGGAGUCCGUGUGGCGACUAGUAACGUGGUGGGACAUUUCGCUGCGUUGGGAGUUUACGUGGGUGCUGGAUCGCGGUACGAAACCAAGAAUCUGAAAGGUUGUACGCAUAUCAUGGACAGAUUAGCUUUCAAGUCUACGGAACACGUCUCGGGUAAAGAAAUGGCAGAGACUCUGGAGCUGCUUGGUGGCAACUACCAGUGCUCUUCGUCCCGUGAAACAAUGAUGUAUCAGGCGUCCGUGUUCAAUACGGACGUAGAACGCAUGUUCGGAUUGAUGGCAGAAACAGUGAGAUACCCACGAAUCACAGAGGAAGAGUUGGAUGAGCAAAAAAUGACGGCACAGUACGAAAUAGACGAGGUAUGGAAUAAACCAGACUUGAUUUUGCCAGAGCUGUUGCACGUGACAGCGUACUCUGGUGAAACCCUCGGGUCCCCGCUGUUAUGUCCCAUCGAACUGAUCCCAUCCAUUUCGCGAUAUUAUCUGAAAGACUAUCGAAACAAACUUUACACACCUCAAAAUAUUGUCACUGCGUUUGUGGGCGUACCGCAUGAAGAUGCCGUUGAGUUGACGAGAACCUAUUUUGGAAGUAUGACAUCCUCAAAUACAAAUGGCUCGUCCUAUUCUAAGACAGCACACUAUACCGGAGGUGAGACCUGCAUUCCACCUGCACCUGUUUUUGGAAACUUACCCGAGCUUUAUCAUAUACAGAUUGGAUUUGAGGGUUUACCGAUAGGACACCCGGACAUUUACGCACUUGCAACUUUACAAACGUUGCUUGGUGGAGGAGGGUCCUUCAGCGCUGGUGGUCCUGGUAAAGGCAUGUACUCAAGACUAUACACGCAUGUUUUAAACCAGCAUUUUUUCGUGGAAAAUUGUGUUGCAUUCAAUCAUUCCUAUUCUGACUCAGGCAUCUUUGGUAUCUCGGCUUCGUGUAUUCCACAGGCGGCACCUUACAUGGUCGAAGUCAUUGCGCAGCAGUUUUCUAAUUUAUUCGCCAAUGAUAAAAUGAAGUUAACUGAAGGAGAAGUAGCAAGAGCCAAGAAUCAACUGAAAUCGUCUCUCUUGAUGAACCUAGAAUCCAAGCUUGUGGAAUUAGAAGAUCUCGGCAGGCAAGUACAACUACAUGGCAACAAAAUCCCUGUUAAUGAAAUGAUUGAAAGCAUCGAGAAGUUGACCCCGGAUGAUUUAAAGCGUACUGCCGAAACGGUGUUCACAGGCAAAAUUCAUAACGAGGGCAAAGGUAUUGGAAAACCAACAGUCGUGAUGCAAGGAAAGCGGGAAAUGUUUGGAGACGUCGGGGCCGUUCUGAAAAAAUAUGGUCUAGGAAGUGAAUCUGGGUUGGAUGGCGCUUCGAGUCCUAAAACUGCGAAAAGAACAUGGUUCUAA